AUGACUUUCCCAGAUUUACAGAAAUAUGAUGAUUUCAUAAAUACAACUGAGAGAUUUGCACGCCUAAAUCCAGAAGAGUCUGUUGAUGAAGUCAUGAAUUCACUCACAUCGGUUUUAAUUGACAAGUAUAAAAUGCCUUUUAAGGAACUUAUUUUAUUUAUACUUAUUUCAAUGCAGUUCAACUAUCGAUCGUUUGAGUUUUACAUUAAAAUUCUUAACCAAAUCUUAUCUAAAUAUUCUCUAAAUUACAAAGAUUUCUUAAGUUUUAAGUAUAUUUCUUACGAAAACAGGUAUUUUAAUUUUAAUGUGCAUGAAGAUAGUUCAAAUCAAAUUGAAUUUGAUAAAAAUGUCUUCCCAAGCGAAGAUAGUGUCAAUUAUUUGGUCAUGUAUGAUCAAGUCGACAAAUUCAAAGAAUAUGCCAGUCAACACUCAUUAAACAUUGAUAUGAUGCAUGUACCAGGUUUUUCAUCAUUUACUCUGCUUGAAACAUGUUGUUAUUAUGGAUCAGUCAAUAUUUUCUUUUUCCUCGUAUCAACUUUAAAAUAUCAAAUUACUCAAAAUUGUCUUCAAUAUGCAUUCAUCGGUGGAAAUAUUGAUAUUAUUAAUGAAUGUAUGAAGGAUCAUAAAAUUGAACGGCGAGGCUUGAAAUAUAUUAUUUUUAGUCAUAAUAAUAAAUUCAUUGAAUAUAUUUUGAACAGAGAUUUGAUUGAUCUCAGAGAAAUUGAUUACCAAUCAAUUAUUCAUUCUCAAAACUUGAAAGCUCUUUUCCUAAUGUACGAGAAAAAUAAAGAUUUGAUCAUUCCUUGGUGUGCUGCAAUGCCAGAGGCAAUAGACAUCCUCCAUGAUGAAAAUCUAAAUUUUGCUCAAUUUAAUAGCAAAUACCAAAACAUUUUGCAUUUUGCAACUUCCUACAAUAAUAUUGACAUCGUUAAGUUUAUUUUGGACUCAUCGAUAAAGAAUAAAAUCAACAUAGAUUUGCAAGAUUCAUCUGGGAGAACCUCUCUUCAUUAUGCCACCAAACACAAUAAUAAAGAAUUAGUAAAUCUUCUUAUUUCUCAUGGUAUAUUCAUCGAUUUAAUGGAUAAGGGAGGUAAGCCAGCUCUGCAUUAUGCGGUGGAAAAUAACAAUAAGGAAAUUACACAGCUUCUUAUCACACAAAAAAUGGAUAUAAAUAUCCACUCUUUUCAAGGGAAGUCAGCUCUUUUUAUAGCAAUUGAUAAUGACAAUAAAGAAAUUGCAGAACUUCUGAUUUCACAUGGUGCAGAUAUCAAUGACACAUCUUGGAUUAAUGAGACAGUUCUUUAUUAUGCCACAAAAAAGCAUGCAAACGAAAUUAUAAAACUUCUUAUUUCUAAAGGUGCUGAUAUAAAUGCAAAAAGUGGCUAUGAACAAUUAGUUGUGCUUAAUUUUGCUAUAGAACAUUUUAAUAAUGAUAUAGCAAAAUUGCUUCUUCAGCAUGGGGCCGAUAUCAAUCUUACAAGUGCAAGUAAAAGAAAUUCUCUCCAUUAUGCAGCGAAAUGUAACAAUGUAGAAAUUGCAGAACUUAUUAUUUCGCAUGUGACAGAUAUCAAUGCAAAAGAUACACAAGAAAUGACAGCUCUUCAUUUAGCAGCUGAGAGUAAUAGUUACGAAAUUGUAAAAUUACUUAUUUCACAUGAUUCAAAUAUCAACGAAAUAGAUUCUCGAGGUCAGACUGCUCUUCAUUUUGCAGCAAGUAAUUACAAUGGUUAUGACACUGUUGAAUUUCUGAUUUCACAUGGAGCUGAUGUUAAUGCAAAAGAUAACCAUAACUGUACUGCACUCCAUAAUUCAGUUACUGAUAAAUGUUCAAACAUAGUAGAAUUGCUUAUUUUACAUGAUGCUGAUAUGGAAUUGAAAAAUGA